AUGGCUCUGUCUGUCUCUGCAGUGGUGAUUCCAACCCCACCCGGACCAUACGAUGUGUUUUACAACACAGCAAGCAUGGUUGAUAACACCAGAGUCGAUCCCUUUGAUCCCCAACACGGACCGCGUGCAGUGAUGACUUCGAUAUUCGCCCCCACCCAUUGCAAAGCCGAUCUCGAGAAGAUACAUUACCUGCCCACCAUAACAGCCGCAUUCUACUCCGAACUAUACAGCGCGUACGGACUUCCCAACGGGUCGCUUCAAUCCCUCUAUUUCCAGGCGUGCCCAGAGCCGCCAAGAGAGCAUCACAUCCAGUUCCCAGUGGUGAUUUUUUCGCCUGCUCUCGGCACGACGCGGCUGUUCUACAAUGCCUUUGCACAGUCUGUGGCCAGCGCUGGGUACAUCGUGGUGUCUAUCGAUCAUCCCUAUGAUACCGAGUUCCUAGAGUUUCCGGACGGAAGAGUCGUGACUGCAGCAAACAUCAGUGACGCGCAGAUUUCACUGGAUGUCGACACCCGAGCGCGAGAUGUGAUGUUCGUGCUAGAUCAGCUAAGUACAAAGGCUGGCAUAGCAGAUUUACUCCCUGGAAUGAGGGCAGCGGGUUUGAGAACUCGGCGAGUCGCGAUGUAUGGUCAUUCUGUCGGGGGUGCGGCCACCGCCGAAGCCAUGCAUUUGGACCGUCGGAUUGUUGCGGGAGCGAACCUGGACGGGUCAAUGUUUGGACCAGUGGUUCAACAAGGGCUUCAGGGUCCAUUCCUUCUGUUCGGACAUGAAAAUAAGACCCAGAUGACAGACCCAUCGUGGGCAGAGUUUUGGUCAAAUCUGCGGGGUUGGAGAUUAGAGCUGGAACUAGCCCAAGCUCAACAUUACACUUUCUCCGAUUUGCCGUUUCUAUUGAAGCUCCUGGCUCUGCCUGUUCAAAACAUACCGGCCAUGCAAAUGAUGGUUGGGACUCUAGAUGGGUUUAAGGCAUUUGAGAUUGUUCACCGAACCGUCGUUGCCUUUUUAGGCUUUGGGCUUCGUCAAACAUCGACGAGUCCGCUUCGAGAGGCUAUUUCGCAGUGUUCGGAGGUAUCGGUCGUUGCGCGGUAA